ACAAACACGAAGACGCCUAAUCCCACCGAUCUCAACGAUCGCGCUCUUGCUGUACGUGCCUUACGUUUCACGCAAGACGUAUUUGGACAGCGCCAUUAUAAUCGCUCGGCUACCCAGCUGUAGCGUCUAUUCUGCCGUCGAGUGUCACACCAGCGUUACUUCAACCAGGAAGUCAUCAUGUAUCCAACCAGAAGCUCCACAAAGCGACCUAACGAUGUCGUCGACCAACAAGAAGGUCACAAACGACAGAAAUUGCCGGUACUGCAGAGCGAACCCGCCUCGGAUCUCCUUCACGGGGUUGACGUCUCGGCAGACAGAUUGAACACAAAGUUCUGGUCGACAGUUUCGGCCUUUAUCGACAAUGGACCCACUCUAAAAGACAAGACUCUGAGAUGGCAACAUGCCUUGAGAAAUCUGUACAUCAUAGGCAGAAACCAGAAGAACGAACAUGGAACCAUUGAUGGCGGUAUUGCUCCAGCAGCCCUGGAGCUCGUCCAGUCAGCUGCAGAAGCUCUACCACACAAGAGAAAGCAGAAGGCUGUUACAACUAAAGCGGCAGUCCAAGAGCAGCCCGACUCAGACGAAGGGAACACAACACCGACAUCAGAGAGAAUAGCUGCCGUUAGAAUCUCUCCUCGCAGCACGGCAUCGACUUGGCCCAUGAUCUGGCAGCACAUAACAACCACGUACAAGGAUACAAAAUGGGUCGCUGGAAUCAGCAACGUUCUGACUCACAUGUUUACCCACAACUGCGUCGACGAUGUCGUAAGGCUUGCAAACAAGCUUUACGAGACCAGAGAUAUCGUCGCGCUGAACAAUGCGACCAAGACCAAGACUCAGCUGAGGCACUCAAAGGACGAGGCCCGGAGUGUCGCUAUACAGUACAAAGCACUGUGGGAAGCAAUGGAGAGCUCUGCACUUUCGAAGUGUAUGAUACUACUCGCAUAUCGCAACCUUGGCCAGGCACUUUGGGACCUGGAAAGACAACUCGACCAGAUCGACAACGACUCCGAGCAACAGCAACUGGGUGAUUUUGCGCGCCUGUACCUGGAUAAUCGUAGUCAAGGGGCUCGACUUCGCGACACGCCCGAGACACGCUCGACAUUCCUCGCGCACUACUACCUCGAGGUACUCGGAUACGGAAAGACAAGCAAGCUUCCAGCUGACGAAAUCAAGAGCAAGACGAGACUGGUCAAGGCACAAAGAAUGACAGCCAACAAUGUCAAAUCGCUGGUCGACGCCUUCGGUGAAGGCUCCCUGAUCUUACUAUGCGGAUCAACAUGGGCAUCUGCCCUGGACCAAGUAUCACACAAGACUCUCAAACCUUUGCUCGAGAACUUGGCAACAAAAGAGCCACAACUCCGCAAGGUGGCGGAGAUGGCUGAGAAGAUCUUGAAGUACGCCGCCAACAAGGGUCUGAUGACCGAAAUGCCCAAGAUCAUUAUCCGCGCCCAAGAGUUGACCACGGAACAAAGAGGCAAAUUGUCGCUGACGGAAUUAUUGGGCCCGCCAGAGGCCGAGUUGCAGGCAGUAUCAAUGUUUGGAGAGCACGACAUCUCCGAGGAUGCCGAUGAGGAUGAUCUUGAUGACGAGGGCACUAGGGAAGUUUAACUGAGAUUGACGACGAAGGGAUUGACAAUGAAGAGAUUGACGAAGAAGCUGCUGAGGAUUAGUCUUGAGAAAGAGAAGAGAGGAGGGCAGGUCCCACUCCAUUUCCCAGAUUCAAUGAAAGAAUGUUUCAUUGAGCUGCAUGUUUGCUGAACAAGCCCCUAUCCUGAUAAACAUGACAAGGAGCAGGAUCGUUGACAGUCUUGUGCAGGGUCAUUCACGAAGGAUCAAACUGAGGAACAAGAAAAAGGAAACGUUGGUCAAGCAAGAACAGCAUCAUAAAGU